AUGUAACCAGCCACAACUUAAUCUUCUUUACCUUCUCUCUCUCUAUAUAUAUGUACAUAUAUAUAUAGAUAUCUGAUCACAUAUACAACCAACACAUUCAGAAAUCUUUCCAAACUUCUGCACGUAUAGUAUUGUUUUAUUGUUGUUCCACGAUGGUACGAAGCUCAUUCUUCGCGGUUGGAUUGGUGCUAGCAUUUUUCGCUUUGUCUUGUUCGCCAGCGUUUGGUUAUAUCGUGGAGACAACAUUUCAUGUUGCGAAUCUUACAGUGAAUCGGUUAUGUAAAAAUCAAGUCAUUACGGCAGUCAAUGGUACCCUUCCGGGGCCGGCUUUAACGGUUAGGGAGGGUGAUACCGUUAUUGUUCAUGUGAUUAACGACUCUCCAUACAACGUUACUAUUCACUGGCAUGGGGUUUUCCAGAGGUCAACUCAAUGGGCGGAUGGCCCCGAAUUCGUCACUCAAUGCCCGAUCAGGCCAGGCGGUAACUAUACUUACAGGUUCAAUCUCAGGGGACAAGUGGGCACACUUUGGUGGCACGCACACUCGCAAUGGCUCCGAGCAACCGUCCAUGGUGCUCUCAUCAUCCGCCCUCGACUUUGGCAAAAGUACCCUUUUGCUAAACCCGAUCUUGAAGAUACAAUUAUGUUAGGAGAAUGGUGGAAUGCUGACCCGAACGAUGUUGAGAACGCAGCACUAGCCGAUGGAAGCGCCCCUGCUAAUGCUGAUGCUUAUACCAUCAAUGGGUGGCCUGGUGAUUUGUUUAACUCGUGCAUCUCAAACAACACGUAUAGGUUGAACGUGAAACCAGGAAAAACAACUUUGUUGCGAAUAAUCAACGUUGCACUCAAUAACCAAUUCUUCUUCAAGAUAGCGAACCACAGCUUUACAGUGGUCGCAAUCGAUGCAGCCUACACGAACCCAUACAAGACGGACGUCAUCGUCAUUGGUCCCGGUCAGACCACCGAUGUCCUAAUAACCACAAACCAGUCACCAGGAUUAUAUUACAUGGCGGCGCAUCCAUAUGUCAGUGCGGUACUUCCUAUACUCAAUACGAACAUCACCACCGCAAUCCUUGCUUACCCGAACACGACCCAAACAAGGCCAAUACUUCCUAACCUACCCGCUUUCAACGAUACACCAACGGCCCAUAGAUUUUUAACCAAUCUAACGGCACUUACCACGAGCCCGUUUUGGUCACCGGUUCCACGAACAGUCGAUGAGAACAUGUUUAUAACCUUUGGGCUUGGGUUAUCAGAUUGCGGUGCCAACCUAUCAUGUGGAGGGCUAUUUUUUGAAAGAAUGGCCGCAAGCAUGAACAAUCGAUCGUUUGUUUUGCCCACAGGCGUGUCUCUUUUAGAAGCUUUUUACCGAAACAUUAGUGGGGUAUACACUACUGAUUUCCCCGAUCAACCGCCUCUGAUAUUCGAUUACACGAACAUCAGCAACAGUUUCGAUCAAAAUCUUUUGAUGACACCCAAAUCAACAAGUCUUAAGAGAUUAAGGUUUAAUUCCACUGUGCAAAUAGUGCUUCAGAACACAGCCUUGAUCGGUAUUGAAAAUCACCCCAUGCAUCUGCAUGGGUUUAACUUCUAUGUGUUGGCUCAAGGGUUCGGGAACUAUGAUGCUGCGACUGCCACUAGUAGUUUUAAUUUGGUUAACCCACAAGAACGAAACACGCUUGGAGUCCCUGUUGGCGGCUGGGCUGUCAUUAGAUUCAGAGCAAAUAAUCCAGGUGUGUGGUUCUUUCACUGUCAUUUGGAAGUGCAUUUGCCAUGGGGUUUGGGCAUGGCAUUCUUGGUGGAGAACGGCGGUACACCGGAGUCAACGCUGCCACCACCACCGGCAGACUUUCCUCAAUGCUAGAAAGAAACGUUGAGACAAGCAUAGUUCACAUGUUAACAAGAGGAUUUGCAGCAUAUACAUGCAAGUAUGAUUUAUAAUGUGUAAUUUAAUAUAACAAAUGUAAUAUAAUAAAUGUAACCUUUUGGAUUAUAUUUUUAUUUUGCAUUCAUGGUUUGUAUUUUUUUUUCUUUGAAAUAUAAUAAAUGUACCCUUUUGGAUUA